CGAUGAAGCGGGAUUUGUUGCUCUUUGUUUUGGGGUGGCUCAAACUCCCGUGGCUCGUGGAUUGCUUCGUUGUUCAUGUGAGUGAGAAUGCGGGAAAGGGCACCGCGAUCGCCGGUCUGGAGCGAAGCGCCGCUUGCGCGCUGGAGCAGCUCAUCAUGCCGCGCUUCGCCCGGAGUCUCCUGCGCCCGUAUGCGGGUGUUCUGACUCUUUCUGACGCUUUGAACUGCGACUCGGUUCUUCUGAACCCGUUCAGCGUGUACGCGGUCGCGGAGUGUUUGGAUAACGCGUCCGGUUUUAGACACCUCGUAACGAGUCGGUAUGAUGUGCACGUACACGCGAAGAACUGCGGGAGGGAACGCAAACGGGAAUCAAAUAACCUGGACGUGGAGAUUAUAAGUUUAACAGACGCGACUGCAAAGUGCCGCGAGGCGAACACUGCUGUUUUCCGGGUGUUUGGUGUGUUACCGGGCAACUGUAACGUAACCGGGACUUCAGCGCUUUAUAUCUCCAAAGGGACGCUGUUCACUUCCGCUCCGCUGUGUUUCACUCGCGACUCGUUGCUGGAGUUUACGCUGCGCUGCGAAAGAGGCGCACGUCGUGGUUUCGCGCAUGCGCAUUGGCGCGUGGGCCGCGGCCCUUUCACGCAAGCGCACCUGAGGAAGGUGCUGCAGCGGGCCGCGGGUUCGAACUCGGGUCUGCUGAGCAGAAGGAAGAGGAACGUCAACAAUAACCCUCAGUUCCAGCCUCCCAUGUAUCAGGUGUCCGUUGCGGAGAAUCAACCAGCUGGGACUUUUGUUGUUGUUUUAAAAGCAUUUGACCCGGAUGAGGGUGAAGCUGGAAGGCUGGAAUAUUUCUUAGAGGCAUUGUUUGAUAGUCGCUCCAACAAUCUCUUCACUGUCGACUCGUCAAGCGGAGUCGUUUCCACCGUGGAGAUACUAGAUAGAGAAACUAAGGACAUGCAUGUUUUUAGGGUCACGGCGGUUGAUCAUGGAACGCCACGACGUACGGCAAUGGCCACUCUUACUGUAACGGUUAGCGAUACGAACGAUCACGACCCUGUAUUUGAGCAGCAGGAUUAUAAAGAAAGCGUACGUGAGAAUCUGGAGAUUGGUUACGAGGUUCUAACUGUGCGCGCCACGGAUGGCGACGCUCCCGUUAACGGAAACAUCCUUUAUCAUUUGCUGAACAACAACAAUGGGACUAACGAUGUUUUUGAGAUCGAUUCCCGGUCUGGCGUUAUUCGCACGCGAGGACUGGUUGACCGCGAAACGGUCGAAUCCUAUGUGCUUCUAGUCGAAGCCAACGACCAAGGACGGGAUCCCGGCCCCCGAAGUGCGACGGCGACCGUCCACAUCGUCGUGGAGGACGAUAACGACAACGCGCCGCAGUUCAGCGAGAAACGCUAUGUCGUUAAGGUUCCCGAAGACUUGACGCCCAACACUGAAAUCCUGCAGGUGACGGCGACAGACCAGGACCGCGGGAACAACGCCGUUGUCCAUUUUAGCAUAAUGAGCGGCAACACAAGGGGCCAGUUUUACAUCGAUGCCCAAACGGGAAAAUUAGAUUUGGUGAGUCAGCUGGAUUACGAGAUGAAUAAAGAGUACACGCUUCGCAUUCGAGCGCAAGAUGGCGGACGCCCGCCGCUCUCCAACAUCAGCGGCCUUGUCACAGUGCAAGUACUGGACGUUAACGACAACGCUCCGAUAUUCGUAAGCACUCCAUUCCAAGCUACAGUGCUGGAGAACGUUCCAGUUGGAUAUUCCGUCAUUCAUAUUCAAGCCGUAGACGCCGAUGCGGGAGAUAAUUCCCGUUUGGAAUAUCAUCUCACAGAGACCACGCCCAACUUCCCGUUCACCAUCAACAACAGCACUGGCUGGAUCGUCGUAGCAUCGGAACUGGACAGAGAAAGCGUAGACUUCUAUAGCUUCGGAGUGGAGGCGCGAGACCACGGAACGCCACCCAUGUCCUCGUCCGCUAGCAUCAGCAUGACUAUUCUAGACGUUAACGACAACAACCCUGAGUUCACGCAAAAGGCCUACUACAUGCGUUUGAACGAGGACGCGGCUGUAGGAACGAGUGUCGUCACCGUGUCCGCCAUCGAUCAGGAUAUUAACAGCGUUGUUACGUAUCAGAUCUCGACUGGGAAUACGAGAAACCGUUUUUCCAUCACUAGCCAGAGCGGCGGAGGCCUGAUUACACUCGCGCUACCGUUGGACUAUAAACUGGAAAGACAGUACGUCCUCACCGUAACGGCGUCUGACGGCACGCGCUUCGACACCGCUAAGGUUUACGUUAACGUAACGGACGCUAACACGCACAGGCCGGUUUUCCAGAGUUCGCAUUACACGGUCAACAUCAACGAAGACCGGCCUGUCGAGACGAUCGUAGUGAUGAUUAGCGCGACGGACGAGGACACAGGCGAGAACGCUCGAAUCACGUACUUCAUGGACGACAGCAUCCCGCAGUUUAACAUCGACCCGGAUAGCGGUGCGGUAACCACGCAGAUGGAGCUGGACUACGAAGAUCAAGUUUCCUACACGCUCGCCAUCACGGCUCGAGACAACGGCAUCCCGCAGAAAUCCGACACCACUUACUUGGAGAUCCUGGUGAACGACGUGAACGACAACUCGCCCGUGUUCCUUCGCGACCGUUACUUGGGCUCAGUCAUGGAGGACAUUCCCACGUUCACCAGCGUCCUGCAGGUGUCCGCGACCGACCGAGACUCAGGCCUUAACGGACGCGUCUUCUACACGUUCCAGGGUGGAGAAGACGGAGACGGAGACUUCAUCAUCGAGUCAACUUCUGGGAUCGUACGAACCCUGCGACGCCUUGACCGAGAAAACACGCCCGUUUAUAACCUCCAAGCCUUCGCGGUGGAUAAAGGUGUUCCGCCGCUCAAGACGCCGGUUGAUAUUCAGGUGACCGUUUUAGACGUAAACGACAACCCGCCAGUGUUCGAGAAAGAUGAGUUUGAUAUCUUCGUAGAGGAGAACAGUCCCAUCGGGCUCGUGGUGGCCCACAUAUCUGCGUCAGACCCAGACGAAGGCAGCAACGCUCAAAUCAUGUACCAGAUCGUCGAAGGCAACAUCCCUGAGGUCUUCCAACUGGACAUCUUCUCCGGCGAGCUCACCGCUCUGACCGACCUCGACUACGAGACGCGUUUGGAGUAUAUCAUCGUAGUUCAAGCCACGUCUGCGCCGCUGGUCAGCAGAGCCACGGUCCACAUCAAACUCAUCGACAAGAACGACAACGUCCCCGUCCUCAAGAACUUCCAGAUUAUAUUUAACAACUAUGUAACCGAUAAGACCAACAGCUUCCCGUCGGGUGUGAUCGGCCGGAUCCCGGCUCACGACCCGGACAUCUCCGAUCAGCUCCACUACAGCUUCCAGGCUGGAAACGAGCUGAAUUUGGUACUUCUGAACCAGAGCACCGGAGAGAUCCGACUCAGUCGAGCCCUGGACAACAACAGACCGCUGGAGGCGUCCAUGAAGAUCUCCGUCUCGGAUGGCGUUCACUCGGUGUCGGCUCAGUGUCUGCUGCAGGUCACCAUCAUCACGGACGAGAUGCUCUCCAACAGCAUCACGCUGCGAUUGGCCGACACGUCGCAGGAGCGCUUCCUCUCGCUCCUAUUGGCUCAGUUCCUGGAGGGCGUGGCCGGCGUUCUCUCGGCGUCCCGUGAAGACGUGGUGGUCUUCAACAUCCAGGACGACACAGACGUCAGCGCCGGCAUCCUGAACGUCAGCCUGUCGGUGGCGGCCCCGGGUCACGGGGUCAGCGGCGGAGGUCAGGUGGAGUUCUUGGGGUCGGAGGAGCUGCAGGAGCGUCUGUAUCUGAACCGCAGCCUGCUGGCGCAGAUCUCCUCGCAGGAGGUGCUCCCGUUCGACGACAACAUCUGCCUGCGUGAGCCGUGUGAGAACUACAUGAAGUGCGUAUCCGUGCUGAAGUUCGACAGCCUGGCGCCGUUCGUGGCGUCCGACACCAUCCUGUUCCGGCCGAUCCACCCGAUCGCAGGGCUGCGCUGCCGCUGUCCGCUCGGCUUCACGGGCGACUACUGCGAGACGGAGAUCGACCUGUGCUACUCCAAACCCUGCGGCGCUCACGGCGUCUGCCGCAACCACGAGGGAGGCUUCACCUGCCAGUGUCUCCACGACUACACAGGUGAGCGAUGUGAGAUCUCAUCUCGCUCCGGCCGCUGUGCCGAGGGCGUGUGUAAGAACGGCGGGACAUGUCUCAAUCUGCUGGUGGGCGGCUUCAGGUGCGAGUGUCCUCCCGGAGGCUUCGAGAAGCCCUUCUGCCACAUGAGCUCCAGGAACUUCCCUCCGCAGACCUUCAUCACCUUCAAGGGUCUCCGGCAGCGCUUCCACUUCACGCUCUCGCUGUCGUUUGCGACUCGAGAGCCCGAUGGUCUGCUGCUGUAUAACGGACGCUUCAACCAGAAACACGACUUCAUCGCUCUGGAGAUCGUUAAUGAACAGAUCCAGCUCACGUUCUCCGCAGGAGAAACGCAGACGACGGUGUCGCCCUUCAUCGCGGGCGGAGUGAGUGACGGGCGCUGGCACACGCCUUUAAGAUGACAGUCAACACACACACACACACACACACACACACAGGGGUCAGAGCCCGUCCUGAACCGCGCAGGUCUCCCUCAGGGCCCAUCCGAUCAGAAGUUCGUCAUGGUGACGGUGGACGAUUGCGACACGUCGGUGGCUCUGCGCUUCGGUCACAUGAUCGGAAACUACUCGUGCUCCGCCCAGGGCAGCCAAUCAGGAUCCAAGAAAUCUCUGGAUCUGACGGGGCCGCUGCUGCUGGGCGGCGUUCCCAAACUCCCCGAGGACUUUCCCGUCCGGAGCCGGCAGUUCAUCGGCUGCAUGAAGGACCUACGCAUCGACCAGCGGCACAUCGACAUGGCCGGAUUCAUCGCUAAUAACGGAACCCUAGCCGGAUGCUCUGCGAAGCGUCAUUUCUGCAGCACUAACCCGUGUCUGAACGGCGGCAGCUGCGUCGAUCUGUGGGGUUCGUUCCGAUGCGACUGUCCGCUGGGAUUCGGAGGACGGAACUGCGAGAAAGUGAUGCCCAACCCGCUGCGUUUCCAUGGUAACGGCCUGUUGUUGUGGCGGGAUCUGGCCGCCAUGGUAAUGGUUCCGUGGCACCUGGAGUUCAUGUUCCGCACACGACAGCCGAUGGCGACGCUGAUUCAAAUCAGUUCAGCGCAACAGCACAACCUCACCAUACAGGUGCAGUUAAAACACACACUUCAUAUUCACACGUUUUUACAAAUGAUGGCUCUGUUACUGAUACAAAUACGCCACCAAAAUAUGCGCGGCGAGGACUCCACCAUGUCUCGUGUUGAUGAUGUCACAGUGAGCGACGGCCAAUGGCAUCAUCUGUUGCUGGAGCUGCGGGGCCCUGCGGCAGGCGGCGUAAUGGCGGCGCUGAGCCUCGACCACGGCCUGUACACGGACAAUCACUUCCGGCCUGCGGCGAGCGCGGCGUGUCUGCUGUGCGACUGCUACGCCGUGGGCUCGUUCUCGCGCUCCUGCGACCCGGACAGCGGUCAGUGUCCGUGUAAGCCGGGUGUCAUCGGGCGACAGUGUGACUGCUGCGAUAACCCCUUCGCUGAGGUCUCUUCCAGCGGCUGUGAAGUGAUCUACGACAGCUGUCCGCAGGCCAUCGAAGCAGGAAUCUGGUGGCCGCGGACCAAGUUCGGUUUACCAGCGGCCGUCUCGUGUCCGAAAGGAUCCAUGGGAACUGCGAUCCGUCACUGCGACGAGCACAAGGGCUGGCUGUCUCCGAACCUCUUCAAUUGCACGUCUGUGAGCUUCAGUAAACUCAAGACACUGUCGGAGCGUUUGGCGCGUAACGCGUCUCUGAUGGAUUCCGGUGACGUCCAGCAGAUGGCGGCGCUGCUGAGUAACGCAACGAAGAACACGAGACAGUUCUACGGCAGCGACGUGAAGAUCGCGUAUCACCUGACGCGCGCCAUACUGCAGCACGAAAGCAGCCAGCAGGGCUUCAACCUCACCGCCACGCAAGACGUCUUGUUUAACGAGCACCUGAUGCACGUGGGCAGCGCUAUACUGUCGGCGGAAACACGCGGACACUGGGAGCUCAUCCAGCAGACGGAGGGAGGCACGGCCACACUGCUGCGACAGUUCGAGGAGUAUACGAACACGCUCGCGCAAAACAUGAGGAAGACCUACCUGAGCCCCUUCACCAUCGUCACGCCCAACGUCGUCAUCUCCAUCGAUCGUUUGGAGAAGAUGAAUUUCGCCGGCGCUAAACUGCCACGUUACGAGUCUUUGCGCGGGCCACGCCCACUCGACCUGGAGACGGCCGUCACUCUUCCCGACUCGGUCUUCAUCCCUGCCCCUGAGGGCAAAGGUCAGCGGCACAAUAGCGAGCAAAUCGCAGAGUCCGGCAGAAACCACACAGCGAAUCGGAAGAAACGUCACCCGGACGAGCGCGAGCAGGACGCCAUCGCCAGCGUCAUCAUCUUCCACAGCCUAGCGGCGCUGCUGCCGGAGCGAUACGACACCGACAAGAGGAGCCUCAGGGUUCCCAAGCGUCCGGUCAUCAACACCCCUGUGGUCAGUAUAACGGUUCAUGAUAACGAGGAGCUGCUGCAGCACACGCUGGAUAAACCCAUCACAGUGCAGUUCCGUCUGGUGGCCACUGAGGAGCGCUCUAAACCCAUCUGUGUGUUCUGGAACCACUCCAUAGUCGCUGGCGGUCCGGGCGGCUGGUCUUCUAAGGGUUGUGAGGUGGUCUUCAGGAACAGCACACACAUCAGCUGCCAGUGUUACCACAUGACCAGCUUCGCCGUGCUCAUGGACAUCUCACGCCGAGAGAACGGAGAGAUCCUGCCGGUGAAGCUGAUCACAUGGAGUUCAGUGGGCGUGAUGCUGGGCUUCCUCUUCCUCACCAUCGUCUUCCUCACCUGCCUGCGGGAGGCGAGCAGCAACAAGACCAGCAUCGUCAACAACGGUGCGGCCGCGCUCUUCAUCGCGCACCUCGUCUUCAUCCUGGGCAUCAAUCAAGCCGAUAACCCGUUCCUGUGUACGGUGAUGGCCAUCCUGCUGCACUUCCUCUGGCUCUGCGUCUUCUCCUGGCUCUUCCUGGAGGGGCUGCAUGUGUACCGCAUGCUGAGCGAGCUGCGCGACAUCAACUACGGCCCCAUGCGCUUCUACUACCUGAUUGGCUGGGGAGUGCCGGCCUUCGUCACGGGUCUGGCGGUGGGACUGGACCCCGAGGGCUACGGGAACCCCGACUUCUGCUGGCUCUCGCUCUACGACACCCUCAUCUGGAGUUUGGCGGGUCCCGUCGCGUUCGUCGUGUCGAUGAACGUGUUCCUGUACAUCAUGGCGUCGAGAGCCUCGUGUUCGCUCCAGCAGAAGAGCAGCGAGACGAGAGACGUGCCGGCGGCGGGUCUGAGGACGGCGUGUGCCGUGUUGCUGCUGGUGACCAUAACGUGUCUUUUGGCGUUGCUCUCGGUCAACAGCGACAUGAUUCUCUUCCACUAUCUGUUCGCCGGAUUCUGCUGCGCUCAGGGGCCGUUUAUUUUCUUCUUCCGCGUGGUGUUCAAUAAAGAAGCUAGAGACGCCAUGCGCUACUGCUGCGGCAAGAAACGACCCGAUCACAUGAUCAAAUCCAAACCAUCCGCGUUUAUCUGUAACAGUAAUUUUGUGGACGGACGUCUGUAUCAUCUGCCGUUCGCUGAGUCCAGUGUGUCUCUGAACGGAACCCAGAGCAGCAAAACUCAUCAGAACUACAUGCCCUUCAGCCUCCGUGGAGACGAUCUGAACAGCAGUCACCUGAGUCUGAGUGAACACAACACACUCUUCAAAGACAAAGAGCAGAUAGACGAUCACGACUCAGACUCUGACAGCGAUCUCUCGGAGCUGGAGGACGAUCAGAGCGGCUCGUAUGCGUCCACACACUCGUCCGACAGCGAGGAAGACGAGGGCGAGUUCCCGCAGGAGGAAUGCUGGGAGAAUCUGGCCACCAGCGGCCCCAUCAAACCUCACGAUGUGUGGGAGGGUGAGACGGGAGCAGCAGACGAGCGUCUGAAGGUGGAGACGCUGUCCAAACCCGAGGACAGAGCAGAGGAUCAUGGGACGGAAAACCUGCUGCUGCUGCUGGCCAGUUUACCAAACACCAGCGCACCGCCACACAAAGGAAUCCUGAAGAAGAAGCAGCUGUCGCCCAUCGCCGAGAGGAACGCCAUCAAUCACAUACACAACCAGCUGUCUGGAGACUCCGCCUCCUCACGGGGCCCCUCCUCCAGCGAGGGCCGAGGGGGCGGGGCUAGACGGGAUUAUCAGAAUGGGGCGUCCACGAGCGGAAUGACGAAAAUGCUCGACAACGACUCGUCUGAAUCUGAAUGCUGAUGAGUGGCGAGGGAAUGAAGAGGCGAAGAACAAUCGUCCUGUUUCUGUCCCUCCGUUUGAUUUUUCCUACAUAUGACGCGACAGUUGAUCUGAUUCUCCGUGCCAAACGCUGACGAGAAUCUGUCGUUUUUUACAUUUUUGUUUACAUACUUGAAGCGAAGCACUUUUUUUAUUUCUUUCGUCCUCUCGUCGCAUCGAAACCACAUUUUGAAACGGACAUUUUGUAAAUGAGUAAAAAAAUAUCAGGGAAUUUCCUCCAUGAAGCUGAACUACUGCUGGACUGAGCUGCUGCUGUACGAGCGAUAAAUGAAGGAACGAAUCACUGGAAGAACCAUGAGAAGGAACCGACUCCCGAGUCAAGCCUUUCACUCGUGUUCGCGAUGCCUUCUCCACCAGCAGGGCCUUAUUUCGUACCGUUGGAGGAGAGCAACACUUUCCAUACUCGCUUUUUUGUACAUUUUGGGGACAUUUUUAUACGAACUUUUAAAAAGACUGACGUUUAAAACCUUUUGAAAGAAACCCUUUGUAUUUUAUAGAUUAGCAAUGAUGUAAAUGUGAAUUUAAACCUGUGUUGUACAGCUCUUUAACACGUCACGCAAAAAACACGCAAACCCAUCCAAACAUUGAAUCACAUCUGCACGAUUUACCCUUUCACCGCGUAAAAAUGCAAACGUCACUGCCACCGAUGAGUUUUAUCACACGAUGUGCCGCUUCAAUAUUCUGAGACACUCUAGAAGGGUCAUUUUUGGACUUUUGAUAACAAAUCAUUCUGUACAGUUUUAUACACAUACGGUUCUUCGCUCUCAGUGCUUUAUUAUGGAAGCGUGUUUAAGCCAUGGGAUAAAAAAUUAAAAAAUGGCAACGUUUUGUCCCACAAUUCAGAUUUUUUCCCUCAGAGUUGCAAGAUACAAACACGCAUUCAAAAUGUUAUGAGAUGUUAACUGGAAAUUUUGAGAUUUUUGAUUUACG